UCUUUUAUAUAAGGCUUCCUCUUAUAAUUAAUCAUUCUACUUUACUAGACUUUCCUUGCAGUGCCCAAAUUAUGGCGCCACUCCCGCAACUAGUUCCAUCGAGUGCCUAUAAAGGCGGAGGCCAACAGUGCGUCUGACACUCGCCCGGAGCAGCUGACCACUCGAGUUGCGGCAGGACCAUCGAUAGUGGCCACUUGAGUUCAUCCCGGGAAUGACUGACAGCGGGCAGCCUGCCAUUGCCGGCCACUUUUACCGGAUUCCACGCUUCUCCGGCCGCAUUGUCGGCCUCUGGCCGCAGAGGAUCAGGAGCGGGGGCGAUGGCGGUCGUCCUUGGCACGCCCACCUGCUCUUCGUGUUCGCCUUCGCGGUGGUGCUGUUGGGUGCGGCUGGUGAGUUGUCCUACGGCUGUGUCCACCUGGAUAACCUGGUGGUGGCACUGGAGGCCUUCUGCCCCGGAACCACGAAGGCCGUUUGCGUUUUGAAGCUGUGGGUCUUCUUCCGCUCCAAUCGCCGGUGGGCGGAGCUGGUGCAGCGCCUCAGGGUCAUCUUGUGGCAAUCGCGGCGGCAGGAGGCCCAAAAGAUGCUGGUCGGACUGGCCACCACGGCCAACAGACUCAGCCUGUUGCUGCUCACUUCUGGCACGGCGACCAAUUCCGCCUUCAAUCUGCAACCGCUGAUUAUGGGUCUGUACCGCUGGAUUAUGCAACUGCCGGGUCAAAUUGAACUGCCCUUUAACAUCAUACUGCCCUCGUUUGCCGUGCAGCCAGGACUCUUUCCGCUCACCUACGUGCUGUUGACCGCUUCCGGUGCCUGCACCGUUUUCGCCUUCAGCUUCGUGGACGGAUUCUUCGUCUGCUCGUGCCUCUACAUCUGCGGUGCCUUCCGGCUGGUGCAGCAGGACAUUCGCAGGAUAUUUGCCGAUUUGCAUGGCGAUACAGUCGAUGUGUUCACGGCGCAGAUGAACGCGGAGGUGCGGCACAAACUGGCCCAAGUUGUCGAGCGGCACAAUGCGAUUAUCGAUUUCUGCACGGACCUAACACGCCAGUUCACCGUUAUCGUUUUAAUGCAUUUCCUGUCCGCCGCCUUCGUCCUCUGCUCGACCAUCCUGGACAUCAUGUUGAACACGUCGUCGCUGAGCGGCUUAACCUACAUCUGCUAUAUCAUCGCGGCCCUAACGCAGCUAUUCCUCUACUGCUUCGGAGGCAACCACGUCAGCGAGAGCAGUGCUGCUGUGGCGGACGUGCUGUACGACAUUGAGUGGUACAAAUGCGAUGCGAGGACUAGGAAAGUGAUUUUAAUGAUAUUGCGGCGUUCGCAGCGGGCAAAAACAAUUGCGGUGCCGUUUUUUACGCCCUCACUGCCAGCAUUAAGAUCUAUACUCAGCACAGCCGGCUCAUAUAUCACGCUGCUGAAGACGUUCCUGUAA